CAAUCUGUCACUGUUACUCAUCACAAGUUGACAAAGGACAUUCCAAUGCAAGUUGACACGGGACAUCUCUUCGCGAAUUAACAUAGAUCAUCUCUAUCCCAGGCGCAACCCCCGUUUGGUGCCUUUGAUGGUCAAGAAUGCCUCACUCUUCCCCGGACUUCUCACCGACACCAGUAAGAGGUCAUGAUUCUGAUCUCGCCGAGCCUCAUGUCUCUUCGAGUAUUGUUCCUGCUGGCCGAGGAACGGUCUCCAUUGAGAACGAGCACAGGCUGCCUUACGACAUUGAUCCGGUAUCCGAGAAGCCCAGACCAGUGUCGUGGAUGAGUCUGCCUAGGAAAGAUCAACUAUUCAUCCUCACACUAGCCCGUUUAUCGGAACCUCUUACCCAGACUUCGCUACAAGCCUACAUGUUCUAUCAAUUACGCUCCUUCUCACCGUCUGCUCCUGAUAGUACCAUAUCCUACCAGGCUGGUAUGCUCCAAGCUGCCUUUACUGGUGCUCAAUUCUGCACAGCCGUCUUCUGGGGCAGGAUGGCGGACUGGGAGCGCGUUGGUCGCAAGAGAGUCAUCCUUAUAGGACUUCUAGGUACUGGCAUAGGAGCAUUGGGAUUCGGAUUCAGCUCCAGCUUUGGCAUUGCACUGCUAUGGAGAGCCAUUGGUGGAGCUCUCAAUGGAAAUAUUGGCGUAAUGCGGACAAUGAUCUCAGAAAUCAUUCGCGACAAGAAAUACCAGUCGAGGGCUUUUCUCCUGUUACCCAUGACCUUCAACAUCGGUGUCAUCGUAGGUCCGAUACUCGGCGGCUUGUUGGCUGAUCCAGCGGGAAACUAUCCUGCGACGUUCGAAUCCAUCACAUGGCUGAAGCAGUGGCCGUAUGCGCUUCCGAACAUAGUCAGUGCUGUAUUUCUGUUCCUAUCAGCAAUGGUGUUGUUGCUGGGACUUGAAGAGUCACAUGAAGCGUUGAGAGAUAAGGCAGACCUGGGUUUGCGCAUCGGACGAUGGAUCAGACGAGUCGUGUUCCGACAUGAAGGCGAACAGGAUUACGAGGCACUUCCGAACGAUGAGGCGGACCCUUUGACCAUCGAGAUGCACUCACCGACUGACGAGCCACCCACGCCCAAAUUUCCAAAAAUAAAGAGAAAGCUGCCCUUUUCUCGCAUCUGGACCGCCAAUGUGAUCUUCACAUUUACAGCCCAUUUCCUCCUGGCCGGUCAUGUUGGCACCUUCAACAGUCUUUGGUUUGUGUUCCUGUCGACACCUAGAUACGUUCCACAUGCUCAGGCAAAUGAUGGAACAGAUCCAAAUUCAAGUUUGGGGGUACCAUCGGACUACAGACCGCAUCCACCGUUCAGCUGGACAGGCGGACUGGCUCUUCCACCUGCGCGAAUCGGGUCAGCUCUAGCCAUCAUGGGCGUUGUCGGUAUUUCUCUGCAACUGAUACUGUACCCAAAAAUAUCCUUCCGUCUGGGUACAGUUACCUCGUUCCGAUUAUCGCUCUGCCUGUUCCCCUUGGCCUAUUUUCUCGUACCAUUCUUGUCACUGGUACCUACUACAUCCACCUCACCCGCAGCAGCCUCGGGACCUUUGCUCUGGAUUUCAAUCGUCAUCGUCCUAUGCAUACAAGUAACAGCAAGGACAUUCGCGCUUCCUGCGACCGCGAUUUUGAUCAACAACUCUUCGCCUCAUCCUUCCGUCCUCGGCACAGUUCACGGCCUGGGUCAGAGCGCAAGCUCUGCCUCCCGUACGAUUGGCCCUCUUCUUCUGAGUUUCCUGUACGGUGUCGGCCUGCGAAAAGGCGUAGUUGGGUUGUCUUGGUGGUGUAUGGCGUGUCUUGCGGCCGUGGGUGCUGUGGCAGGCCUUUUCGUCAAAGAUGGAGACGGACAUGAGAUAUGGCUGGAAGGAGAAAAGGAAGAAGAGGAACAGCAUACCUGAACUAGGGCAAAGCCGGGAAAUCUAGAUGUGUUCAGAUGCUUCCAAGAGACACGCACUGUGUCGAAUCUAUGUUACUCCUUGUCGGACACGAGCGACC